GUGUUGUUUUCUUUUCAUUCAUUUUUCACCCUCUUGUGUCUAGCGUUGUUUUGCUAAAAUCUUACGAAAAAGAAAAAAGUUGGAAAAUUUUGCCGCAAAUGAAGUGAAAAUCGUUGCUACCGUUCCCCCGCGACCGUAAACAAACGAUGAACUUCUUCAUACAGAACGACCAGAUGAAGCGGGAGGGACUCUACCUUCAGCAGCAUCUUCCACCGCAGUUGCUUCCACAGGUACUCCAGCAGGCUCAUCCCCAUCUGCACCAACAACAGCAAGUGCAUCAGCAGCCGCUGCAGCAGUCCGGCACUAGCCAGAACCACAUAGGAGCGGAUCCGCUGGCCUUAUCGAUCAUCAAUUUGAAGAAGGAAUAUGACCCAUACGAUAAGAUCACGCCUCCGGUGUCGCAGAACGUUGUAGUGCAGACGAUCCCGCAUCAGGUGUACAUACCGCAGCUGUUGUCCCAGGUGGGGGCAAUCCCUCUUAACCAGGAUUUGAUCUCGCAUCCAACAACGAGUACAACGGUCACGACUACAACGACGACGACGACGACGUCCGGUAAGAAGAAAAAGAAAUCGAAGGCAGCUAAAACGAUUGUCCUACCACCGCUGCCGGAAGGGUUCAUCGUUAAGAUCAAGGAGGAGUACACUGAGAACUAUGUGAGGACGGUGACCAAAAUACCGGAGGAUCAGUUCAUUCGCACAAUCAAACCACCGGGCAAGAAGGAACGGAAGUACCACGACUACAACCAGAUCAGCGAGUACCGGUGCGAGCUGUGCGGAAAGUAUUUCAAGGACAAGUACAAGCUCAACUACCACGUGAGGAUCCACAGUCCGGAACUGUCGCACAGGUAUACUUUUAGGUGCGACAUCUGCGGCAAGGUGUUUGCCCACCAAUCGACCCUGAGCAAUCAUAAGCGUAUUCACUCUGGCGAGCGAGCCUUCAAGUGCGGCACCUGCGGGAAGGCGUUCGUGCAGAGCUCGGCCCUGUCCAACCACACCAAGAUCCACACCGGCGAGCGACCGCACGAGUGUCUGAUCUGCGGCAUCAGCUUCAUCCAGAAGAUCAACCUUAUCUACCACAUUCGGAUCCACAACAACGAGCGCCCUUAUCGGUGCAACGUGUGCAACAAGUCGUUCAUCCAGCAGAGCCAUAUCAAGAACCACACGAAGGUUCACAAGAAGGACAAUCCACUGGAUUGCAGUAUUUGUGGGAAAAACUACACGGAUCUCAACGAGCUGACCGAUCACUAUUCCUCCCACACGGUCGAAUUGCCAUUUCGCUGCCAAACUUGCGGCAAGUGCUUCGCACAGGCGAACCAUCUCAAGAUACACAAGAAGAACUUUUGCAAUAAGGCCCCGAACUAGGAGAGUAGGCAGCAAUAGGCAGCGAGAGAACAUCCCGUGAGCUAAAUACCGACCGUUCGUCUUUAAUCGAUAUAUAGGUACAUAUAUAUAUUGGUUAGGUAGUUGCAAUAACUUGACUAACCGUUAAUUUUCCGUUUUGCGCGAAACUAAUUGAGCUCCAUAGAAACCAUCACUUUUGGUUGAGAUGAAACUGUUGAAUGCAAUCAUGUUUGUCUAUUUUAAGUCAAUCCGCCAUCGUUGAGUCGUCAUUGUUGAGUUUCCUCCUGGUAGAUCGAUUUAUUAGAUUUAAUCCUGUCCAUUUAAUCAGUCCAGCAGCCUCAAACAAUACCGGAACCGCGUACCGUGUGUGGGUUCCAGUUUUCCUUUGAUUUUGUUUAAUCAUAUUUUGUGAUAGUAAAACUAAACCUGUUUGCCCUUGCUGCUAUCCUACACAAGCGAAAUAAGUAAAAAAUGCAUUAUGUACGUGUGUAAGGUAGAAAAGAUCUAAAGAAGUAAUACAAUUUUAAUCGUUUCUCAUUGGCGCACAUUCGGGUGGUUUGCCAAUGAAAAUACACAAGGUAACUGCUGUUCUGAAAUAUAAUCAAGAAAGUAGGCACGACAAAUUACGCAUA